AUUCGAAACCUAUUACAUUGUCAUACGUUAGGUAUCAACAAUUUUUAAACCGACACAAAGUCGCAAAUAGGUGAUGCAGCAGUUUUGAUGACGUGGACAACGUAAUGAGUCUUUUCCCCGAGGAUGGUAUAUUGAGAACCGAUAUUAUUGGACGUGGUUAAUCCCUUUGGAAUGAUUAUCUAGGUGAUAUAUAUUCUAGAAUAUUUAAUUUGUUGAUCUAUAAAGAGGACUGACGACAUUGAAAGUAAACAGAUUCGGAGUAUAGGAUACACACGACUACAGCAACACCAUGAAGGAUUUACGCUGCGUGGUGGCUUUGCUGACCAUUGUUGUGCUUGUGGUAGAAGCCUGCAGGGACUGCGAGUACAAAGGCGAACAUCAACCCUACCUCUCCAAGUUCGAAGUGGAGCUAGACGAAUGCAAUAGGGAAGUCUGCUACUGUAAAUGUAACGGGACUGCAGUCUGCCCACCCUCCAAGCGUUACUCCAUUUGCACAGAGAACUGUGCCACAUGCUACCACCCCAUUACAAACCUGCCAAUCCAAGCCUACACAACAUUCAGUUUCGUAUACAAUUGUUUAAGAUUGUUUUGCCUUUGUGACUGUGAUGGAACAUACGAGUGUCCAGGAGUUCAAAGAAUUACAAACUGUGAAACUGCGGAAACUGCAUGAUUGAAUUGCAGUUGUAUAUUUCAUCCUCUCGACAGAAUUUUGAUAUUGUGACAUUCCUUAAUAGACAUACAUGUAGUAUGUUCUAAAUUAUGCACGUAUUUUGCAAAUUGUUCUCUAUAAAAUGCAUUUCUUUAGUUAUAAAUACUGAAUUGUGAAUUUA